AUGUCGUCCUUCUCGUCGGGCUACGGUCUUCGUCCUGGCCAUCGCGAUCCCGGCAAGCUCCCUCCCGAGGAGGAGCGGGUUGGCCCAGACGGCUCGCGUCACCGCAUGUACCCCGCUCCUAGCCCCACUGCAGUGCCCAGCAACGUGGAUGAAGGCUGGCCCACCGAUCCCCCGGCCGAUCAUACCCCCGUCAACCCACGCCCCACGCCCCAGACCACUGCCGAUCCUUACACGCUGUCUGCUCCUAUCGCCGUUGAAGAUGGGUACUCUGCCCCGGACUAUCGCGACGCCCCUCCUCACCAGCUUCCUGCUGGUGCCGUGGGUGCGCCGUAUGUCGAGUGGCAGUCUGCGAACAACGACGCCGACACCGUUACCAAGAACCUGAAAGAGCUGGGGGAGCGCUUUGCGGCGUACGCCGGUCGGCGCGGCGGCGGUAACGACUCGCUUCCGCCGCCUCCGCCGAACGUGAUUGACCCCGACCGCCGUGGUGGUAACCGGGGCUUCGGCAACCAGGACUCGGGCUGGCGUUCUCGUGGCGGAGGCGGUGGUGGUGAGGACGGCUGGGGUGGUGGCGGGGGAAGCGGUGUCAACGACGGCUCGGGCGGCGGCCGGGGUGGUGGGGGUUUAGGCGGUGGCCGUGGCGGCGGAGGCCGCACUUGCUUCAAGUGUGGUGAGGAGGGACACACGUCCCGCGAUUGCCCUUUGGGCGGCCGCGGAGGGGGCGGCGGCGGAGGGAGCCAAGGUUACUUCGAGCGCGGCGAGGAAGGACACAUUUCGCGCGACUGCCCGUCCAAGCAGGGUGGUGGUGGCGGUGGCGGAAAUUGCUACAGCUGCAACGAGCCAGGCCAUAUCUCUCGGGAUUGCCCCCAGGCUCGCGGUGGUGGCGGACCCCGCAGCGGUGGUUGCUUCUCAUGUGGCGAACACGGUCAUAUGUCGCGCGACUGCCCCCAGAAGUCGGGUGGCGGCCGCAGCGGUGGGGCCAAUAGGUGGGGCGCCUCGAACAACGGCGGCGACGGCGGUUGGGGAAACAACAACACCAGCGCUGGUGGCGCUGACGGAUGGGGAGGUGAUGCCCUCAUGGCCUCCGCCGACGACGAUGGCUGGGGUGCUCCCGCUCCAACUUCGACCGUUCCCACUCUUACCGCGUCUUUCAACAACAGUGGAUGGGGCGGCCAGGCUCCGCAGGCUCCCGUCCGCAGCGACAACGGCUGGGGCGCACCUGCCACUCCGCAGGCCACGCAGGCGGGCAACUCGAAUGGCUGGGGUACCCCUGGCCAGGCUGUCGACAACGGCAGCCACCCGUCCCGCCUAAGUCCGGCGACUCCUCCCCGCGGUGCGUUCGUCCAUCCCGACCGCCUCGCCCUGCAGAGGGCUUCCCCUCUCCGCGAGCCCAUUGGUCCCCCUCCUGGCGGUCAUGGAUGGAACUCUCGCCCUCCUGCGCCGGAUGCUCUUGCCAAGGACGACCACUGUAGCGGCUGGUAA